CACUGUUCACUUUAGUAGUCAGUAACCGCGCGGACAGCGUCUUGGUAAGACAAGUACAAUUUACUGCGCGAUUUUUUAGCGCAAUCUGCUAAUAUGUCGCGCGUUUACCGACCAUCUGACUAUGUAGUCGAAAAAUCGCGUUUGCCCACUUUCGAGAAGUACAAAGAGAUGCACAAAAAAUCUAUUGAAGACCCAGAAGGAUUUUGGACCGAAAUAGCUAAUGAAUUCCAUUGGCAGACCCCUUUUCAGCCCGGAAAUUUCCUUUCAUACAACUUCGAUCUCAGCAAAGGGGACAUUUUUGUUAAAUGGUUGCAAGGGGCUGUAACCAAUGUUUGCUUUAACCUUUUAGAUCGAAACGUAAGAAAUGGUCAUGGGGACAAGAUCGCUUACUACUGGGAAGGAAAUCAUCCCGACGACUACAGCCGCAUUACGUACAAAAAACUGAUGGACUUAGUUUGUCAGUUAGCUAACGCUUUGCGCGAAAACGGUAUAAGAAAGGGCGACAGGGUUUCGAUAUAUAUGCCCAUGAUCUUGGAGACUGUUGUAUGCAUGUUGGCUUGCGCCAGGAUCGGCGCUAUACAUUCCGUAGUGUUUGCGGGUUUCUCGCCGGAUUCUUUGGCGGAGCGUAUGGCCGACUGUAAGGCUAAGCUACUUGUAACCACGGAUGGCGCAUGGCGAGGAGAAAAGCUAUUGGUCUUGAAGAAGACAUGUGACGAAGCAUUGGGAAAAGCCAAGAAGAACUUCAACCAUACAGUGAACAAGUGCAUCGUUGUAUCUCAUUUAAAUAGAGUGACGCCUUGUGGAAAAAUGCCUGACUCGAAAUCCCUGUAUGAAUGGAACGACGACAUCGAUGUCUGGUGGCAUGAUAUUAUGGAGGGCCAAUCGACCAUCUGCCCGCCGGAAUGGAUGGACGCUGAGGAUCCCCUGUUCAUGCUGUAUACGAGCGGGUCGACGGGUAAGCCAAAGGGCGUGUUGCACACGACAGCUGGCUACAUGCUGUAUGCCACAGCCACCUUCCGUUACGUCUUCGACUACCGCGAGAAAGACAUUUACUGGUGUACCGCUGACGUCGGCUGGAUCACCGGACAUACGUAUGUCGUUUACUCGCCCCUAGCCAACGCCGCCACUUCCGUCAUGUUUGAGGGCACUCCAUUCUAUCCGGACAACGACCGCUACUGGUCCCUGGUUCAGAAGUACAAAGUCUCACAAUUCUACACCGCUCCCACUGCUAUAAGGUCGCUCAUGAAAUUUGGCGACGAUAUUGUCAGACAGCAUAAUUUGUCGUCACUUCGAGUUUUGGGAAGUGUAGGAGAACCUAUAAACCCCGAAGCUUGGCUUUGGUAUUACAAUGUGAUUGGCAGCGGUAGAUGUUCCAUCGUUGAUACUUUCUGGCAGACUGAAACCGGCGGUCACGUACUCACCAGCCUCCCUGGAGCUACUCCGAUGAAACCUGGGGCUGCUGGUUUCCCAUUCUUUGGAGUGGAGCCGAGUCUCAUCGAUGAGAACGGAAAAUUGAUUGAGGGAGUCGGCGAGGGAUAUCUGGUCUUCUCCAAGCCUUGGCCCGGGACCAUGAGGACCCUAUUUGGAGACCAUGACCGAUAUGAAAAGGUCUAUUUCUCGAAAUUCAAUGGAUAUUAUUGCACUGGCGACGGCGCUAGGCGUGACGAAGAUGGUUUCUUGUGGGUGACCGGACGUAUCGACGACAUGCUGAACGUAUCCGGACACUUGAUGUCGACGGCGGAAGUGGAAGGCGUGCUCACCGAAGAGCCCAGGGUCUCUGAAGCUGCUGUAGUAUCUAAACCUCACCCCGUGAAGGGUGAAUCACUUUACUGCUUCGUCAUACUCAACGAGGGCGCUAGAUUCGACGCUGACUUGGUCAAUGCUUUAAAGAAACGCGUUAGAAAUAGAAUUGGUGCGUUCGCAGCCCCAGACAUAAUCCAGUACGCGCCCGGGCUGCCGAAGACGAGAUCCGGUAAAAUUAUGAGGAGGAUACUCAGGAAAAUUGCUCUCGGAGAAAAAGAUGUCGGGGAUACUUCGACGCUGGCCGAUCCGUCAAUCGUCGAAGAACUGUUGAACAACAGACCCAAAGCUUAAAUAGGCUACUUUUUAAGUUCCUAUUUAAUUUUCUAGAUCCCCUUGUCGUCACUGACGUAUGCCGCUUAGAUUAUAUUGAUAGUUGAAUGUUGAUUAAAAUGCACAAUAUUUGUUACAACGCAUUUGAGCAUGGCCUCGUUGUUUGUUUAAAAAUAAUUACAAAAUUCUAUAUCGAUAUAUUGUUAUUGUAAUAUUAAUAAGAAUGUUUUAUUAAAAUAAUAAGUCAUAUAAUUAGUACUGCUUUGUUCCCGCGGGUUGUUUAACUGAGAAACAUGAUGAACUGUGUCCUUACAAAGGAUUACACAAACAGGUUUACAGUUAUAUCGUUACGAAAUAUACAAUUGGUAUAAGAGUUACGAUAUUGAGCAUUUUAAAAUAAGUCCGAAUUAAAAUCAUUCCAUAGAAUCCACCCGUAGUCAUUAGGAUACAUAAAUGCUUAUAAUAUUUCAUAUUUUAACUUUCAAAAAAAUUAAAUUAUAUAUUUAAUACUAUACGAAAUAUAUUUCGUGAAAUCAUAAUAUCCAUGAAGGUUCAUGUUUACCUUUUGUCCGAGCCGUAUAAUAAAACUUCUCAGUAAAAACACGUAAUAUCUAUCUCUGAAUAACAAAGUACGAUGUUGCAUGAUUAUAUUUGUAAUUUAAGAAUAUAUGCAAUAUUUUUAAUAAUUAAAAUCAAUUUUGAAAUAUCUACCAAAAUACCAAACAGUUUUUGGGAAAACUGCACUUUUAACAAUAUUGUGUGCCUAGCCUUUAAAUUAAUGUAUUAGUUUUAGAUAACUUACUGUGAAUCUGUAACUAUCAUUUGAGUUAAAUUUAUUUAAUAUUCAUACAAAUAAUUAUAAUUUAGGAUGCUAUUAAAAGUUUGUCUCAAAUGGUUCCAAUGCUUGGUAUACUAUUGUAAUGUCACAAAUCAUUAUAAUUUUAACAGGGAUUUCUUUAGCAUAAUAAUCAGUUGUAUAUUUAGUUAGGGGUUCUAUUUAUUUUGUACUAGUUCUGGUUAUUCUUCGGUUACAUAUUAAACGGUUAAAAUUGUCCAAACAUAUCUUACUCCGUUGCCAUUUAAAAAAGAAUAUUAACAGCAUUUUAUAUCUUGAAUACGAAAUUGUAUACAAUGAGUUUACUUUAAUGUAAAGUUCCUAUUGUUUUGAUAUUGCAGGCGAUAUUAGCUGUAAGGAACUUAAGCGAUGUUUUAUAUAAUUUAAAUGUUUAGUUCCUUGGAAUAUUUACGCACACGGAUUGAUAUUUCUAUAAUUGUGGCCACGUUUUAGGAUAAUUAGGUUCAUGUAAUCUAUGUGUAGUUGUAAUUACAGUCGACGGAUUCGACUGCACCUCUUUGUGAAGCACAAUUUGAUGAUGCAUAAGGUAGGAAAUAUUUGUGAAUUUAUUAUUAUUGUAAGUAGCAUAGGAAGGCCAUGUUGUAGCUUAAUCGCUUUCUAACUUACGAUCUAUUGUUCGCGAAUUUACUUAUAUAUAUUUUUUAAUUUUUUUUUAAUAAAUUUAUAUUCGGUAAUCUCAAAGCGCAAUUAUUUUCAACACUAAACGUUAUCUUCAACAGUGACAAAUUCAAAUACUUACAAUAAGUAUUUACACAAAACAUCCCGUAUUGUUCAUGUAAAGAUAUUCAAUAUGUUCACAAUUAUAUAUAUUUUUCAGAAUGUAUUAUAAAAGUAUAUUAAAUUUUAUGGCAAUAAAUUACUAGUAAUUGUAUAAGAUGUGCUUCGAAUCGAUUUUGUUAUACGUAAGUUAUACGAUUUAUUUAUCUUAUUUUUAAAAAUGCUAUUAAAGCAAAUAUGUUGAACACAAUGUGUUUAAAUUAAAAAAAAAAACAACACUUGACUGUUUCAAAAUUUCAUUAUACCAUUGUAAAUUAUUAAAAAAAAAAGUGAUACACGAAUCAUUACCAUUAUAUGUAUUGGCGAAGGCCGUCCUAUGGGAUUCCAUUAAAAUGUUAUGAAAAUUGAGUACCUACGCGAAUAAUAGAUUUAUAUUCACUUUAUUAAGUAGUAAAGCUGGUGUUGUAGAUUUGAUGGGUAUUAAAUAUUAUUAGUAGAUUGAAGACAAAAAAAAUUGUCCCAAAAAAAUUAAAUAGGUAUGUGUAAUCUAAUAAAAUUAGAUUUAAGAAUGGAAUUGUGAUUGUAUGUCGAAACAAACAUAUCAUUAAAAGUGAUAUAUUACUCCAA